AUGGAGCAUAAACUGGCCACCGCCGAGAACGAAGUGUUGGAAGAGCUGGUGAAGCUAGUACAGAGUCUGGGUUUACGAGGAGAAAAUGGAGGAUGGAAGCAAUUUUUAGAUCUUCACGACAAUAAUUCUAAAUCACCGAAUGACACCUCUAAGCGUUCCCAUGAAGAUUUGGUCGCUUUUGUCACAACCUUUAAGAAGAAAGAAGAUUUGCAGGUUCUGCAUUCUCAUGCCAAUUUUCUUCUGAUUGAUAAUUUGAAGCAAGAAUCUCCGGAUAAAGACACUCCUGAGCAGAGUCUUGUUCGAUUGACUGUUGAGCAUCCGGAUUACUCAUUAGACUAUUCGUUCAAGCCAUACUCAGAGGACUGGUUUGUAUCCGAUGUUGGAAUGAAGAUGUUGGAUGUGAUGAAAUCAACGGAAAUGAUAGCUGUUGACUGUGAGAUGGUUCUGUGUGAAGAUGGUACUGAAGGUUUGGUUAGAGUUGGCGUUGUAGACCGUGAGUUAAAGGUGAUUCUUGACAAGUUUGUGAAACCGAACAAACCUGUUGUUGACUAUAGGACAGAGAUUACAGGGAUUACUGCUGAAGAUAUCGAAAACGCUACUCUCUCUUUGGCAGAUAUACAGGAAACUUUGCAGCCAUUUCUUUCAAAGGGUACUAUUUUGGUUGGUCACAGUUUGAACAAAGAUUUGGAAGUGUUGAAGAUAGAUCAUCCAAGAGUCAUUGAUACCGCACUUGUGUUCAAGUAUUCAAAUGUACGAAAGCCUAGAAGAGUUUCACUUAACAACCUUUGCAAGUCUAUUUUGGGUUACGAGGUCCGAAAGGAAGGCGUUUCUCAUGACUGUGUAAACGACGCAACAGCUGCGAUGAAACUUGCACUUGCUGUUGUAGAGAAGAGAGCUGACACAACAAUACCACCGUCUAUAGAGAUGUUGGAGGCUGAGAAAUCAAAACUCUUUGUUCAUAAAAUCCCUCACAAUGUGCCAUCGGAAGAGCUGGAGGAAGUUAUUUGUCAAGAGUUUCUCUCAGGAGAGUUUACACUUGAUAUUAAGCCAGCAAAAACACAGAGAGGUUGCUAUUGUGCGUUUGUUGUUUUCAAUAGUUCAAAAGAAGCAGAUGAAGCAUUUGAGAACGUUGAUGUAGACAAAGGGCAGGAUUCAUUGGGUUUGCCACAGAAAUUGAUUUUCUUUAAGCUGAAAUCUGGUUCAAGAGUUAGUAUAUUUGUUCGUAAAAUGUUUCACGAUGAUUCCGCGUAG